AAUGCCAAGGCGCGCUUUGAAAGCCAAUCUUCUUUUGGGCUUGAUGAAUGAAGAAACUUGUUCCGAAAAUAUUUUAGAGUCUUUGUAUCAACAGUUGAAAACUUUGCAGUAUCCAGCAGUACGUGAGGCACUACGGGCUACACCACGUGGAAAGAAUGUAACAAGACAAGAUGUCGCACAGUUACAAGCUAUAGCUAUUGCGCUGAAGAAUGAACUCGUACGCACCAGCGAACAAAUGGAACAUUGGAAACAACUGUAUGAACAACGCGAAGAGGAACAUAGAGAAGGGAAACUACAGUGGGAACAACAAUGCACCCAACUCACUGAACAGUGUCAAGAUGCUAAAGCUAGAUAUGAAGAGUCGGAAUGGAGACAUCAGGAAACCCAGAGAGAAUGGGAGGAAUGGAAAGAUAAAGCAAUACAAGAAAUCGAAUAUUGGAAGCAAAGAGCGGAGAAGUCAACUUUAGAUUUGGCGCAAUUGAGAAAGACGUUGGAUGAAGUCCAAGCAAAUAAAAGACGCGUUGAAGAUACUUGGAAACGUGAAGUGGGAAGUCUGCAACAACAAAUAUCUAAACUACAAGAAGAAAAAGAACAGCUUAGUACCCAAGUAGAAACUUUAGGAAAUAGAUGGAAAUUGACUAUAGAAGAAUUGGAGGAGGAACGUCUUUGGAAUAAGGAGUUGACAACUCAAUUGGAACAGGCAAACGAGAGAUGCAGACAAUAUUGUCAUAGUACGACAACAACAGUGUCACCCAGUAUGCAAGAAAAAAUAGACCAACAGAAUACAAACUAUUCACAAAGGUCUCCAACAACGGUUGGGUUGGAGCAAACAAACAAGUUGCUGCAGAGAGAAUUGAAUGAUACCAGGAAACAAAUGGAAACCUUGAAAUGGGAACUUACAGAAGCAGAAGAAGCUAAAAAUUCGUUGGAGGUACUUCGAGAACAAAGCAACGAGUUGUUGCACUUGGUAUAUGCGAUGACAGGAGUAAGAGAUGUGGAAGAGGCGAUGAAACGUUUGAAGGAGUUGUCAUAUACUAGAAAUGCUCAACAAGAUGUGGAAAAUGAAAGGGAAACUGCCAUAAGGAGUCAAAUGGAAGAAACCAUUGCUGCUUUGCGUGAUGAAUUGCAACAAAACAAGCACCGUCAUAGAGAGCUUGAAAAACAGUGUGAGCGUCAGAUUCUUAUUAGAAGGUUAUUAGAAAAUGAAAGGGAUGGGUUGAAAAAUAUUCUCAACGAAUGGGAUGCAAACAUGGUCAAUGAUCAAGAUGGAGACAACCAACUUCUUGUUGAGAAGAUGAAACUGUUGCAGUCACAAUACUCUGAAAUGGAAGCAACUUUGAAACGAUGGGAGAUUGAAUUAUCAGAAAAAGACCGAUUGCUAUCUUCUUUGAAGAGUCAAAUAGAAGAAUGGAAUGAGAUCAAGUCUGCAGAGGGCUCGUCACAAUCAGUUAUUCAGUCACUUCGUAUCAACUUGAUGUCAAGUAGAAGAACGAAAAUGGAACUGCAACAACAAAAGGAGGAGUUGGAACAGCAGCUGAAUAUGUUGACUCAAAAAUAUGAACAACUAUUAUCGACAGUUGAAGAAUAUAAGAAUAAAAUUGAUAACCUGCAGCAAGUUGUUGAUGCUCAGAAGCGCCAGCAGGAGUCUCGUGAAGAUUAUGAGACACAAAUAAAGUUAUUACAAGAAGCAGUACAAUCCUUGGAGAAGCACAUAGGAAGUGGAUACUUUAAUCCAACAUAUACCAAAGUAGUGCAUUUAAAAGGAGGUCCUCCUAUGGUCAUCAAUGAGAGAUAUUUGGGAGAGUCUAACAAGCAUCCGAGAUGGAUGCAACAACAAGAUUCCGAUUCCUUCAUUUCUACAAAGGAGCAAAUAUCACCAAGGGAUGAACAGUCCUCAUGCACAACUUGGAAUGCAUUGUCUUUACCGGCAGAGAAGUGGAGAGAAAAAGCUUUUGAUGCUGAAAAGAGGGCACAGAGAACGAGACAAGUUGCCAAGGCAAAGAUUAAUGAGUUUCGUGAAACGUGUUAUCAUUUAUUUGGUUGGAAAAUUAAUGUCGUUGGUGCUCAAUAUCGGCUAUCAUCGAUGUAUGCCGAAAGUAGUAAUAACGAGACGCUUUGUUUUGGUAGAAAUGAACUUGGAGGUAUCAGUUACACAGAGUAGAACUACUGGAAACCGAGUAUUGUUAUACCAUAA